AUGGCAUCCACCACAAUCGCCGCUAGCCAGUUUAAGGUUGUCGCUCUCAGUGGCCUCGUCAGCAGGCAGGAACAAUGCGCUGCUCGCGUGGCGCUCGCUCCGUUGAGUGUGAAGACCCGCACUGCCUCCGUGCAGGCGCAGCCUGUGGAGAGGGCUCAAGUUGUUGUCGCCCGGGCUCAGGCGUCUUUAGCGGAUGUUGCCAAAAAUCAGGCUGAUUCUGCCUCAACCACGAGCACGACGUACCACUUCAUUGUGGCGAACGCCAAGUUCAUGCUGGACGAGGAGGAGCACUUCCAGGAGCAGCUCAAGGAGCGGCUCAGGUGGCUGCACGAGCAGGGUCGCCCGCAGGACUUCUGGCUCGUGUACGAGCCCGAGUUCCUCGCGAGCUUCCCCGAGAUUGCCAAGCGAGUGAACAGGCCUGCGGUGGCUCUUGUCACCACCGACGCUGUUUGGAUGACGUAA